AUGCCCCUUUUAACAAAUCCCCACAUCACAGCAAACAGCUUCUUAACGAUCACAAACUCUUCAGCAGAUGAGGCGGAACCCAUAUUGCUAUUCUUCAUCCCGGGAAAUCCAGGUCUGAUAUCCUAUUACAAUACAUAUCUGUCCUUGCUGAGUUCCAAUCUUUCAUCAAUUGCUUGUGCUAGUGAUACCAAUAGCAAUAAGGGCUGUAUACCCCAAUGCAUCAUCCACGGGAAAAGCAUGGGCGGAUUUGAGAUUCUUGAAGAUGACAUGAGCCGAAGUAGUGGUCUCAGUUCCACCAGCAGCAUGUCUCAAAAUAGAACAGGAGAAGAGAAAUCACAAUCACAACCUCACUCCACAGACCCAAAGCUCUACAGUCUCUUUGAGCAGAUCGAGUUUGUGUACGGGAAUCUAAAAGAUUUCGUGGCCGCCUGGCAUGAGAAUCUACAGCUGCGAUUGCACAAGAAGAAAAAUAAGAGCGAUGAUGAUCAAGGCGGGGAGAAGAGAGGGGAGGGAGGGAGGGCCGUUAAAGUGAUAUUAAUUGGGCAUUCCGUUGGGGCAUAUAUCUCCAUGGAGAUUCUGAGACGGCAUACGGAGACCAAGAAAACGACACCCAUUGGAAAUGACGGUGCGAUGGACAUCAUAGGCGUAAUUCUAUUAUUUCCGACUAUUGUUGAUAUUGCAAAGAGUUCGGCUGGAAGGAAGUUGACUAAACUCCUCUACAUGCCAUACCUAGCGCUUCUUGCGAGCCUACUUGUCAAACUCCUGGUAUACAUAUUGCCAGAAUCAGUGCUACGCAGCAUAGUGGCGGUGGUAAUGGUUUCACCGCCAGAAGACGCAAUUGAUAUAACAAUAGCAUUCUUGAAGAGUAGACAGGGUGUUGAGCAAGCAAUACACAUGUCCGCUGAUGAAAUGCGUGAUAUAACAUCCGAUAAGUGGAGCGAUGAAAUAUGGGGAAUAGCCUCAUCCCCCACUAAAAGUUCAACUUCCACCUCCACUCCAACAAAUCAUUCCCCAGAUCUAGUGCUGUAUUUUGCCCAAAGUGAUCAUUGGGUAGCUGAUCAGACGCGAGAGGAUAUCAUUCGAGCAAGAGGCAGUAUGGGCAACGGCACUAGUAAUGCCCCGAGAAUGCAAGUGUGUGAGGACGGAGUGGUGCAUGGCUUUUGUAUCCGGCAUAGCGAUAUCAUGGCAGAGAAGACGGCAGGGUUCUUAAGGGAUAUUAUUCGAAAAAGAUAUAGAAUUGCCAGAGCGUCCCAUUAG